CAUCUGCCGGUUUGUUGUAGCGUGGCAUCGUCGAUCAGCAGUGUUCUCGUGCGCUUCCCAUGCACGUUGUCCGCCACCUCCGUUGCCGCGCUGUGCCAUGGGCGUCGGUCAGCCAAUGUGUGCAUGAUCUCGCGGGUGGCUUCAUGCGUGAUAGGUAUGUAGCAGAUGUGCAACCGUUGUGGGGACGUGGUCGGUGUGUUGGAGUACUGCUUCACAACUCCAUCUCCUCCAUCCGCCGAACAUUGUCCCUCCAUGUGCCAUCCCUUGCUGCAGUGGAAGUUGGGAGCGUUGUGCGUGUUGUUCGUUCGAACAUCACCAGUGUCGUCGGUAGAAGGUUCGUGCCUGAAGGGAAUGACAUCACGCAUGCAGUUCAACGAUGUGGCGGUAUAGGGCGGAUCGUGGAGGGAGGGUUGACCGACCGGGACGUGGCUGUUGCGGGGACGGUUUAUGCACGACCGUACGUCGCACACCCACCACGAUCGACUGCUGCGCAAGAUGGUGUUCUGGGUGGUGGCAGCCUGGCAGCAGGGUCACGGUCCUUCAGCAGGCGCAGACAUAUACUCCAGUCCGCAAAUUCAGUCUUGACUCGCCUCAGGAAACCGCCCUUGACAAUGGGUGCGUAUCCCAACUACAUCCCGGAGUGGGCUUCAUAUGGAGUGCAGUUCGACUACCUUGCUGGUGUGGCGGACUCCGACGUCGCGGCGAGGAUGGAUUGGAUAGGGACUGGACCUUUCGAUGGCGACCCAAAGGAGGACGAAGGUGACAACGAAGAAGGGUCGUGAAAGUGGUGGAGGUGCCAGUCCUGCGCGUCGUGCCAUCCUUCUUUGGCUAUGAACUGGAAAAAUUCGUAGUCUUCGGCGGCACGCACGUCAUCUUAGUUCAUGAAUGGGGUGGGGGGAGGUAUGAAGUGAUUAUCGUGGGGCGAUUUUACCUUAGUCCUCCCGGUUUGGUCUCUUAGGUAGACGGGCGGUGUGGUGAUCUGGUCAUUCACCAAUGUGCUUGCAUGGAUGGAGCGCCAGUUUGUUUUCAUUUCUGUAGUUGUGUACUAUGACACGUCGCCCACGGCGACACAUUCAUGUGACUGCUGAACGCAGAGGUGGUCGGAACUUUGUCAUUUCCUUAUGUCUUUGCGCAGGAUAUGCUGUUGUGAAAGAAGACCGUGAAAUCAAUGGCACCUUUGGAC